AUGGACUCUUUACUUGUUUACAGCCUAAGAUCGACGGAUCGUUCUUCGCUAAAUGAUUCUGCUAUGAAUAUGUCAGGGAUAAAUGACACGAUGAUCAUGCAUCUACCUACCGAUAUGUUGAUUGCAUUUAUUACAAUAACUUUAUUAGCCUUUCUAGGUCUAACGAUCAAUACUAUCCUCAUUAUUUUGAUGAGCUACAGAAAACAUACGAAAACUGCAGCUGAUGGUUUAGUUAUUCAUCUGGCAAUCUGUGAUUUAUUAACAACCAUACCGACCUUAAUUUACUGCCCAAUAAUUCUUGCUUUCAAUGGUAUUGGUUGGCCAAUUCAUAUCAUGAGCAGGUUGUGUAAAGGAGUUAUUUUCUGUCUAACUACCUUCUACUCGGUAAACGUAGGUACACUAACAUUAAUGUCCAUCGAGCGAUAUCGCGCUAUCAUUCAUCCAAUGAAACCUCGUAUUUCUGGCCCAAAAAUGGCUGUAUUAGUAAUAUUUUUAUGGCUAUCAGUUAUUAUUGUUCCAGCUAUUGGAGUAAGUAAUACUGAAGCCGAUCUCCGCACCAGGUAUUUAUGUGUAUUGCAUGGUGCACAUCAGCAUUUUGUAGUUAUCCUCAAUUUUAGCUACUACGUCGUUGUAGGUUACAUUAUACCAGCUUGUAUCAUGUCAUAUUGCUACAAAAUGAUUAUUAAAAAAUUGAAACAAACAUCUUUAGCCAACAAGAAUAAUUUAAGGAUUGAAUCAAAACGCGAAUUUCAAAAGAAUCUUGCUGUUAAAAUUUUAAUCGCUGUCUCUAUAGUCUUUAUUUUAACAGGUAUUCCUUUGGUUAUUGGCUUAAUUAUUCAUAUUUAUAUGGAUACUAAACUAUCGCAUUUGACACAAAAUGAUCGUAAUAUUAUUAACAGUUGCACUAUACUAUUCUGGAUACUCUUACAAUUUGCUCCUCUAUAUAAUCCUAUGAUACAUUUGGCCAAGAAGAAAAAUUUUUGGCAUACACUCUACAGUAAAAAUAAUCGCGUCUUACCAAUUAGUCAUAGUACGUCACCAACAUCUUGUUAUGGUCUAAAGAUUUGA